AUGGGUGCUCAUGUUCCGCGCGAAGAGAAGUACUUCAAUCCGUACAACGGAAAGCGAUACACGUUUGCUACAUGGCUCUACGAUGUAGCCGUAUUCAUAUUCGACAUUAUAUUCACCAUUUUUUUCCGCGAGGUCGAAGUCCGGGGCAGCCACCAUAUGCCACCGAAGGGCACUCCCACAAUUUUGGUUUGCGCGCCGCAUGCUAACCAGUUUGUAGACGGAUCUUUGGUGAUGCGCCAGGUGCGAAAGUUGAAAGGAAACCGAUCGCGGCAAACGUGCCUAGUCACAGCUCAGGCGAGCUACGACAAGAAAUACAUUGGUAUUUUCAGCAAGUGUACAGGCGGCAUACCUGUGCCAAGGGCGCAGGAUAAUCUCAAGCUCGUCGAUCCCAGCAUCCAGAUCUACGUUCCUGAUUGGUCAAAUCCUACGAUAAUAAAGGGACGCUCAACCAACGCCAGCGUUGAAGUUAAUUUCAAAAGUCGAUUCGUGAGCAAGUCUUUGAUAGGCUUGCCGGAGUAUCUCGGAAAUGCCCAAAUCGCAGAAAUAAGGGACGAGGAAACUCUUGUUUUGAGCAAGCCUUUCAAAGAUACAGACAGAACUAGACAAUUACUCGCGGAAGGAACCCAGUUCAAAUAUGCCCCGAGGAUUGAUAACACAGUGGUUUUCCAAAAUGUGUUCAAUCAUUUGCACACGGGUGGUUGUGUGGGGAUUUUCCCCGAAGGAGGCUCUCAUGAUCGUCCCUCUCUUUUACCAAUCAAGGCGGGCGUUGCCAUCAUGGCGCUAGGCGCUGCAGCUGCGGAUCGCAAUAUAACCAUCUCAGUGGUUCCUUGUGGCAUUAACUAUUUCCACAGGAAUAGGUUUCGGUCUCGUGCAAUGCUGGAAUUUGGCGAACCUAUUCUUGUUGGCGCUGAAAUGGGACAAAAGUACGCUGACGAUCCGCGUGCUACUACCUCUGAGCUCCUCGAAACCAUUACUCAGGCCCUUUACGCCGUGACUGUCAACGCCCCCGAUUAUGAAACGUUGAUGACCAUUCAGGCAGCCAGAAGACUGUACGUCCCAUUGGCAAAGACGCGCCACGGACACCUACCGCUGCCUCUCGUUGUUGAAAUGAACAGAAGACUUCUGAUAGGCUACUCCAGAUACAAAGAUGACCCCCGAAUUAUGCAUUUGAAGAAAGCAGUGCUACGAUAUAACUCCAAACUGUACUCCCUUGGUUUAAAGGACCAUCAAGUUAUGAAACUGACUCCAAAAGGUGGUAAAUGGAACUCGAUGGUAACACUACUACCCAGAUUGAUUCAAGUCUAUAUUUUUGGAGUCCUGUCUUUACCAGGAACUAUCCUGUUCAUGCCUGUAUUUGUCACUUGCCAUUACUAUGCUAAGAAGAAGGCUGAAGAGGGUUUAAAGAAAUCACUGGUAAAAUUAAAAGGGGUGGACCUUUUAGCGACAUGGAAACUUUUAGUGGCUCUCGUUUUUGCGCCAACGCUGUACGUGCUGUAUUCUGGGAUUUUGUCGUGGCUAUAUCUCCUACAUCCUGACUGGUUUUCGUUCAUGUGGAUUCCUCGCGUAAUGUGCUUUAAGCAAGUGACAUUAUUUAUCUAUUUCUACGUUCUCCUCGUUCUCGCGACUUACGCUAGUUUCAGAACUGGUGAAAAGGGGAUGGAUUUGUUCAAGUCGUUACCGCCACUAGUCGUUUCUUUGGUUUAUCCCGAGCGCAAGCUAGCUGAAUUACAAAAAACACGCGAAAAGCUGAGUGCUGAGGUCACCCAAGUUUGCAAUGACUUAGGUCCAAGCGUUUUCCCUGACUUUGGUAAGUUUGCCAAUUUUCAGAAAAAGGUUGUCAAAGAGGAGGCGAGCGACGACGAAAUCUUUUCAACACGGAGCCGUUCAUCUUCGGUUCAUUCUAUGGCGUCUAAUCUUUCCAAUGCUCUCUCCAAAGUCAACUCCCGAGGUUCUCUCUCAGACGUGCCUAUCUUAGGAGAAGGACGCGUGACUGAUGACCAGGAAAACGAAGAUCAGCAAUUCGAAGUGGAAAACACCAAAGGCAGCUCUUCGAUCGCCAACAUGGUGAGGCUCAGACGAAAUAAUACCAAAGAUGAAUGA